AUGAGCUCUGGAAGUCGGACUAAACCAGGCCAUGCAUCACUAUCUGCCAACAAAAGAGAGACAAACGACCGGAUGUAUACACAGACCAACAGCAAUCGGCCGCACAUCUACGACUCUGAAAGCACGAGCACGAGUUCGUCUUCUUCGACAGUUGAAGAAGUACCCGAGACAAAUUCGCCAUUUGGACAUCGCUCUUCACGCCGGCCCAGACGGAGAAGACCAGAACACCAAGACCAGCAAAGCAGUCAAAUGGAUUCCAAUCACAACCCGUACUCCAAGUUUUUCACUGAAAAUAAACACUUUAGAACAAAAGGCAAGGUUUCGAAACGAGACGGACGUUUGAAGAUAUCUCUUAAUGAGAUCACGAAUCACGGGUUCUUGGCAAACGCACUGGGACCCGGCAUUGGCCAUAACCUUGGUGGCCGUAGGGAAGUUGGAGAAAAUGAUGCACGUACAAACAGAAAAGAACAGUCCAAAUCCGUAAAAGGUGACCAAAAGAUGGACCUGGAGCUUUUUAACGUGGACAAUACGCAGGUACCUCGUUUAAAUAUUGUUGUGAUGGUAAUCGGUUCGCGAGGAGAUAUACAACCGUUCAUCAGAAUCGGUAAGAUUUUACAAGAUCAACAUGGACAUCGCGUCAGGAUUGCCACCCAUCCAGCAUUUAAAGAAUUUGUUGAAAAAGAUUCGGGUUUGGAGUUUUUCUCUGUGGGAGGUGACCCGUGGGAGCUCAUGGCUUUCGUGGUCAAAAAUCCUGGUUUGAUCCCAUCUGUGGAGACGAUCAAAAAGGGAGAGGUUGGAAGAAGAAGAGCUGCCAUGUCUAAGAUGUUCGAAGGCAUGUGGAGAGCUUGCAUCAAUGCUACAGACGACGAGCGUGACAAGGAGAACAUGAAGAUGAUGGAUGAUAAGAAAUAUUUUGUUGCUGACGCAAUUAUUGCGAACCCUCCAAGUUUCGCUCAUGUGCAUAUAGCAGAGCGGCUCCAAAUCCCACUUCACCUGAUGUUUACAUUCCCAUAUACGCCUACCCAGCACUUUCCGCACCCCCUAGCGAACAUAAGAAGAAGCAAUGUCGACACAAAUUACACAAAUUUCAUGAGCUAUCCACUCGUUGAAAUGAUGACGUGGCAGGGCCUUGGGGAGCUGGUCAACAAGUUUAGAACCCAGACAUUGGGCCUGGAACCAGUGAGCACCCUUUGGGCACCUGGUCAAUUGAGUCGGCUGAGAGUACCUUACACCUAUAUGUGGUCUCCGAGCCUUGGUCCGGAGAUAGACGUCGCUGGAUUCGUAUUUCUUGAGCUUGCUUCUUCCUUCAAUCCCCCCGAAAGCUUAGUAAAUUUUCUGGAUGCCGGGCCGCCACCGAUUUAUAUAGGAUUUGGCAGCAUCGUUGUGGAUGAUCCGGAAAGUUUCACAAAAAUGGUUUUCGAAGCAGUUCAAAUGGCUGGUGUUCGAGCCUUGGUGAGUAAGGGAUGGAGUGGCAUUGGCGGAAAGGAUGAUGCACCGGAGAGCAUCUACCUACUGGACAACACCCCGCACGAUUGGUUAUUCCCUCGUGUCAGCGCCGUGGUCCACCAUGGCGGUGCGGGUACAACGGCAAUUGGUUUAAAAUGUGGAAAGCCCACCAUGGUUGUUCCGUUUUUCGGCGACCAGCCGUUCUGGGGUGCAAUGGUUGCUAGCGCAAAAGCUGGCGCCCAUGAUUGUACUCCAUAUAAGCAACUAACUGCCGAUCAGCUCGCUGAAGGGAUUAGACAGUGCCUGUCCGACGAAGAGAGAGAAAACGCCGGUAAGAUUGCAAAAAGCAUCGCAGAUGAAGGAGACGGCGCCGCCAAUGCCGUCAAGUCAUUCCACAGAAGCCUACCACUUCGUGGGGAGAAAUCUCUACGCUGCUCGAUUCUGGAGGACCGCGUAGCUGCUUGGCAUCUCAAGGACUCCAGCUUAAGACUAAGCCCUCGUGCUGCCGAGGUCUUGGUCAGACAACAUAAAAUCAAAUGGGGCAAUCUUCGACUGGCAAGAACCUAUGGUUGGAACGACUUUGAGGGCCUUGGGGAACCAAUCACUGGCAUCGGGAGUGCACUGAGCGGUACUAUAAAAGGUGCCGCAACCGGGAUUGGGCCAGUACCUAAAAACGUAGUCAAACGUAUCAAGAAGAGAGAGAACCACAAAAGGAAGAGGGUGAUACGAAUGGAGAAGAGCGGACGAGAACGUGGCAAAGCAGAUUGGAUAUCAGGAGGGAGGAACGAAACUCCUGACGGUAAUGACGAUGGACAUGCUUACGAUAGAAAAGAACGCUCCAAAUCUCCACAAAGGGGCACUGAAACAUCCGCUCUAUCAGCAGAUCCGUUAAAAACCGUAUUAAAGGAGAUCGGGCGGGAGACAGGCCAAGGUUUCGCGGAGACCGGAGCAUCAAUUGCUAAAGCACCAAUGGACCUCGCCCUGGCUCUCGCCCAAGGCUUUCACAAUGUGCCGCGUCUCUACGGUGACGAAAGCGUUCGACGGCCUGUCCGGAUAUCAGGAUUUUACUCCGGCCUUCGCGCCAGUCGCGACGAGUUUAUCUUUGGCAUCUACGAUAGCUGGACGGGUCUUUACAAGCAGCCGUAUCACGGCGCUAAAGAAGACGGAGCAUUUGGUUUUGCCAAAGGGAUUGGGAUGGGUGUGGCCGGAUUUGUCCUGAAGGAUAUAGCUGCCAUCCUUGGUCCUGUAGGUUAUACUGCCAAAGGCAUCCACAAAGAGUUACGGAAGAAGCCUCAGCCCACGUAUGCCAUUCGUAAGACUCGCAUUACUCAGGGCCGCAACGACUUUGAGGAACUCGGAGAAAACCAGGAUGCGGACGUCCUCGCAUUCGAGCGCAGCCGCACGCGUGGGUUGGGGGGCUCGAUAAUCCGUCACCGUGGCCGCAAAAAGUGGCAAGAGGCCGGUGCAACAGACAACGUAGUGGCAGCCGAGAAAGCGUUGGCCGCACGGAAACGUGGAGAAGACCUCGACUCGGCGUUACAGAAGGAGCGGGAAGAGGUUGAGCUUGCAGGCGAACCGCGUGCAGGCGCCAUGGGCCCGAAAGCGGAGGAUGAAGACCAGAAGGAGGAGUUGCCGAAUGGCAAGUUCAUGAGCGGUCCGGGGCAGGAACGGGAGUUAGGCUAG